AUGGAGGAGCUGCCUACCCUGUUGCUGGAAAACCUGAAGGAAAAACUCCGUGAAAACGAAGAGGCAUUAUUAGAAAGGACACAACUUGUGGAUGUGUUGGAGAAAAAGCUUGAUGGGAAGAAUCAGGAGCUAGCGUUGCUGGAAAACCUGAAGGAAAAACUCCGUGAAAACGAAGAGGCAUUAUUAGAAAGGACGCAACUUGUGGAUGUGUUGGAGAAAAAACUUGAUGGGAAGAAUCAGGAGCUAGCGGAGUUAGUUGAAGAUUUGAGCGACAUUGAGAUGGAAAAUGAAGAACUCAAGGACAAGCUUCUGGCUGAAAAACACGGAAUGAGAACCAAGGUCCGAAAUAUGACGGAAAAGCAUGAGGCAGAUUUUAAAAAACUCAACAGAAAACACAGGACUCAGCUCCGUACAAUCAGUGAGAAACAUGCUGAAGAAACAUCACUGAAAGAUCAGUGCUGUGUACAACUUAACAAAGAUCUGCAACUUUUACAAUCUCAUGCCUGCGCACCUCUUGCAGAACAGGCAACUUGUUCUUUAAAUGAUUACACCAAACAGAAGAUUGGGGAACUGGAAGAACAAGUGAGGCUUAUGACGCAAGAGGCUGAAAAAUCAGAGGCCAGGUUCAUUACAAUGGAAGCUCAGUCCAAAUUGAAAAUCAAUCAGAUUGAAGAGGAGCUGGACAAUGUACAGGAAAAGGAAGAACUGGAAACCCUUCAGCAAACAACACAGCAGGAGCGCAGAGAGCAAGUUCCGUCCUCCUGCAAGAAUGAAUUGGCUGAGCUAAGGCAUGGACCUCUUCUUGUCAGACCAGCACCCAGGGAGCAAACCAUUGAAGUGGAAUCAAUCGAGGAAUGUGAGGAGGCUUUGGAGAUAAACCCCAGUGAACAGGUGGUGGUGGCACGGAAGGCGAAGAGUCGAGUGAAUUUCUUCAAACGCUUAUUUACUGCCCGAAAAUGAAGACUUCCCGGACCAGGUCACGCUACUUGGUCUUGGCGUACUUUGCAACAACAAAUUUGCUUGUUUACAUGUGCCUGGCGAGGUGUUUGUAGACGCACUACAGAUGGGAAUGACACCAAUGUAUUUAUCAAAGCUGUUAAUGAGUUGAACAUUGAUCACACGUGUAUAAAUGAAUACUGUAUUGUUAAUGUAUGAAGGCAGCCCCCAGCGAUGCAUGUUGGUGUUGAACCGGCCGACCCCUGUACGGAGCCGGUUCAGGGCGACCCACUCUUUGCGGGGCUGGUCUGAGCUGGGUGGG